AGUCAGUCACAUACUUUUGAAAACGAAAGUUAAGAAAAAUUCGAAACUAUCCUUUCAUUUCCUAAUUUAGAAUUCAGUCAAGCUGACCGCAUCCAACAUGGCGAUGCGAUGAAAUUUCAAUUAUGUGAUAAUACCCACUUGUGGAUAUCUCAUCGACACUAAUACGUGCUCAGGAUUUCGCACCCUAUUUUUAGUCCCCGGGAAGAUGUAACUCCGCGGGAUGGCGCGGAGGGCAGAGGGCCGAACGUUCAACGUGAGUGUGAUCGGCCUGUCCGGCACGGAGAGGGACAAGGGUCAGUAUGGGGUCGGCAAGUCCUGUCUGUGCAACCGGUUCUUUAACCAGGUUGCGGACAACUACUACCAGGAGCACAUAUCAGUCCUGAGUCAGAGUGACUUUGCUGGUCGGGUCAUCAACAAUGACCACUUCCUGUACUGGGGUUCGGUCACCAAGACAGACGAAGGGAACAAUUUCACCUUUCAUGUGAUUGAGCAGACAGAGUUCAUCGAUGACGUGAGCUUCUCUCCCUUCAAGACGGCCCGUACAGAGACUUACCUGAAACGGGCGGUCGGCGGGAAGGUCCAGAGUGCGGAGAAGCUCAUGUACAUCUGUAAAGAUCAGUUAGGCAUGGAGACAGACAGUGCCUACCCACAAGUGCUCAUGCCAGAGGGGAAACUGACCAUCGACGGGUUCCUGUGCUGCUUCGACGUGAGCAAAGUUCCCCAGCGCUCCAUUGAGAAGCAGGUGGAGUUUGUGGCCAGCCUGCUUAACAAUGCCCUCAAGACCAAAAAGCCGGUCAUCUUGGCCACCACCAAGGGGGACAGCUCCUGCCAGGAGUAUGUCCGUGAGGCGGAGAAGCUGACCAACAGGAAAGAGUUCAAGGGCAACGUGCCUCUGGUGGAGACCUCGGCCCAUGAGAACAUCAACAUUGAGGCUGCCUUCCUGCUGCUGGCCCACCUCAUGGACAAGACGAAGGCUCGAACCAAACUCCUUCCCUUCCUGGACGCGCGCAAACAACGCCAUGAGUUCCUGGCUGUGGCCAAAGACGCGUAUCUCAGCCUCUUGCGCUCGACAGUGCGCGACCCCAAGGCGGUCUGGAACACCUGGAAGAAGAAGUUGGAGGUGGAGUCGGACUUUGGUCACUAUGUGGAGAUGUUCGGCACCGAGCAGGCUCGGAAAGAGUUCCGGGCCCACACUAAACGGCUCCGGGACGAGCAGAUUCGCUCCAAGGAGCAGAGGUACCUGGAGAAGUUGCCCGUGUUGUUGAAGACCUUCCUGCCCUCGCUAGAGUCUAUACCAGAAAGGAGCUGGAAUACACUGAGGAGACUGAUCUGUGAGCAUGAGGAGUUUGAAAGCAACUUUGUGGUGGUGGAGGAGGAUGGAGUCACCUCAUGGAAGCAGGUCGAAUCCUUCCUGGACAACACUGAGGAGACCCGGAUCCCCUUUGAUUUGCUCAACUCAGCCGAGGCAGAGAUGUGCUUCCGGAACCAUCUCAACGAGCUUCAGGCUCUACAUCGGAAGAGAGAGCUCCAACUCCAGUUCAAGAAAGUGUUGGAGGAGAAUCCCCAGGUGACCCCAGGCAAGCCUCUCUCAGAGACCUAUGUUUUCUUCUUGGGCAAAGAAUGCUUCUCCAGCCUGGAUGAAAUGGAGAGGAGUCAGGUGUAUGAGCAACACUUGGGAGAGCUGCGGGCAGCUGCGCGGGCCCAGUUUCAAGAGCUUCUUUGGGAAAAGUCCCAUGUAUUCAUGGUGUGGAACACAGCAGAGAGACUCACGCAAAAGGACCUGCAGAGCAUCACAGCAGCCCUGCAGGAUGACCCAAGGUAUAAGGCUCUGCAUCGUCUUGAGGAGGACAGAAAAGUAACAAUUCUCAACCACUUGGGGUUCAUUCAGUCUCCUUCGCGGGGCCGAUGCAGCUUUGGAAGCUUCUGUAUAGACACUCAGGUGGAAAACUUACUCGGGGAACGUGCAAUCAGGCCUGAGCUGAAGAGCUCUUCCGACUCUGUGGACUCCGGCAGCAAAACCCUCAACCUGGUGCUUCUGGGGAAGGACGGGCUGGCUAUUGCUCUCAACAGGGAGAUUAGGACUCUAUGUACAGAUGAUGAGUAUAGGUUAGAGAGUACAACUUACAGCUUGGACUACAGACCAAUUGACGGGGACGUGAGUCGGGAGCAGAAUGCUUUAGCCACGGCAAACUUCAAGCCUCAUGGGUGCUUAUGUGUGUACAAUUCGGAGGAGACCUUGAACUAUGUGAAGGACAGCCUGGAGAGGUCGCUGACCAACGACGUGGUCAAGGAAGGGGAGGCCACCCUUUCAGGCAUGCCCAUUGCCAUCAUUCAGGCCUCAAAUUCUAGUCAAAGUGAGAAAGAGAACGAGCGGCUCAGCGAGAAGGGCAGGUCUAUAGCAGCCAGGUAUCACGGUGAGUUCAUCGUCGACUCUGAGGAGGUGGAAGAGGGUGUGCUCUUUGUGGAGGAACAGAUCCAUUCCGCCCUGCAGAUGGUCAUCCGGGGAUGCAGCCCGGGACUCAGCAGCUGGUACCUCUCUGACCAGUUUGAACCGGACAUCAGGUUGUCUAUGUGCCUGAUGUGUGGUGACCCGUUCCCCCUGGAGCUUCCCCUGGGCCCGCUUCUGAACCACGACAUGUGCCGGGUGCUGGCGGACACGCCCUACUGCAUCACGCUGGACCUCUUCCUGGAGCUGGCCAAGCAGAAGGUGGAGGUGGAGGUGGCCUCCUACCAUGGGGGCAACCGCCUGCACCAGGGCCUGUUCCACGGACACAUCCUGGUCUACUCCGCCAAGCGGAAGGCCUCGCUCGCCACACUGCGGGCAUACUCAGAGACGCUACUGGGGGUUCCCAAGCUGAUCUUGGCAGUGGCAGACUCAGGCGGGGCCUCUUCUAGCUUUUUCUCCUCCGAGGUCUGCCAGGAGCUCAUCCAGGAGGGCAACCAGCUGGCAGACACGUUGGGCGCCGCCUUCAUGACCACCACCGCCAACUUCCCGCAGCAGACGGCCGUGUUCCUUCCGUUCUUCACCUCGGUGUGGCUGCAACGGGAGGACUCAGAGCUCCUGUUCCACGAGCCUUCGGAGGAGCCCUGCCCGCCAGCCUACGACGAGAAGGCCUACUACGCCUCCCGACCUCCAGCCCCUCUCCCCAAGCAGUAUGCCUACCACCACACACACAAGUCCAGUACUUCAAACAGCACGGAUUCAGAGCCUGUGUACGACCAGCCGAACCUGUUCCACUCUCGCUAUUCGGACAGUGACCACGAGGCUGACCGGGGGUCAAGUGUCUCGCCGCCGCCCGGGGCCAACGAGGAGAUUUACAGCGAGGUCAUCAUUCCAAACGGGGAGCAUCUGGUGAAGCCCAGCGUUGUCAAGGCACGGAAAAACGUUUACGCUGGCACUAGUAAGUGGGAGCACCGCAAGUCCCUUCCCAUCAUGCCUUCGGCUGUCUCCAUGUCGCUGGACGCGGGCAGCAUGAUGGGCAGCACCAGCAGCAGUGGCAACAACACCAUGGGGGCCACCACCACCAGCAGUAGUGGCAGCGGCAGCUUCUGCAACAACAGCCUCCCCCUUGCCGAGCUGUCUCAGCCCGUCAGGGGGAGGGCGAUGAAAGACCCCCAGGAAUUUUUCCGCAAGUCGUGCAGCAUGAAGAUUGCUGCCGAGGAGGCUGUGGAGGCAGGGGAUGAGGCGGAGGAGGAAGAGGAGGAGGAGGAGGAUGAGGAGAGCAAGGAGAACCGGCUCAAAGGAGCCAGAGGUUGGCUAGACAUCAGCAGUGCCAGUGGGAAGGGGGAAGCCUUUGGUCCCAGUAGGUAUGGCACCAGCCAGUCCUCCCACGAUAUCCACUGGUCACAGAAUGACGCCGAGUCUGUGUCGCGACGCAAGGCCAUGUCCUCUCGCUCUCAGUCUCAGAGUGCUGCCAUGUUCCGCUCUCACCCCGGUCAAGUGACUGCCCCACUCGCCAAGCCAGAGCCUAUAGAAAUUGCUGACUACUGCCAUGUCAAGGAUGCUGUUCCCCUUCUGCCUCUGGGAGACCACGACUACCAGAUAGUGGAGGACGCACUGCCCCCUGGUCAGCUGCACCGCAUCAGGUCCACAAAGUCGCCCAUCAGGGUCAAAGGUCGAACAGACUCAGAGGACUCGGAGUUCUCCUCCCUGGAGCGUGAACAGAUGCAGAAAAGCCGUCGGUCCACCCCGCACCGACGCAAGUCCAAGCCUCGCCACCAGGACAACAGUGCCAUCUAUGCCAGUCCCAUGCCGUCCAGCGGCAAGCAUCGAUACUUCGCCUUUGGGGCGAAGGAGAAUAAAGGCCGGAGCCACUCGCCGUCAGAGGGCAGUGACGGGACCGGGGACGAGCUGCUGGCCAUGAAGAAGAAGGGCAAGAAGAGGCGGUCCUUCAACCACCGCAAGUGGAGGACGCCCUUGUCAGCCCAGGGUCACCGAGCCUCCAGUCCCUCUAUGUUGUCCGAUGAGGUCCAGCUGUUGAGCUCAUCACAAGUUCACUCAUUAGAAGACAUGUCAUAUUAUAAUCCUGUGGUCCAUCAUUUUCAAACACUACCAAAGAACGUGGGCACGAGCUCGGGGGCGGGGGAAGAAGCAGAGUUUGACCCUAACGACAGCAACAACUGGAGCAACAGAUUCCUCUUCAAGACCAUGAAAGACCCGGAGAAGCAGAGGAAGAAAGACGAGAGGAGGAAGCAGAAAGAGGAAGAGAAGAGGGCUAAGGAGGCCCAGAAAAGGACAAAGAAGAAGGAGAGUAAGUCCUCAGUAACGUCCACCAGUGGUCUGCCCUUAGAGGACUACCCCACUUCCCAGGAGAACCGGUCCAUCCCACAUUUUGUCUACAAGUGCGUCAGCUACAUAGAGGCUGAAGGUCUAAAGACAGAAGGCCUGUACAGAAUCCCCGGCAACAAGGCACAGGGCGAGCUCUUCCUCUCCCAGUACGCUGCCGAUCCCAAUGUAGACAUAUCAACAUUAGAAAUCCCAGUCAAUGCAAUCGCCACCCUGCUCAAAAGUUUCUUCAGUGAUCUCAGCGAGGCGUUGAUCCCCUCUGCCCUGUGUGACGAGCUGCUGGAGGCCGCCGUGGUUGUCAAAAAAACAGAAAUGACGGACAAAAGCAGUCGGCUGCUGAUGCUCCGAGGAGUCAUCAAGAAGUUGCCAAAUCAAAAUGUGGAAGUGCUCAAGUUUGUCAUAUCUCACCUCUACAAAGUGUCGGAACACCAGGAGUACAACAGCAUGAACAGCGGCAACCUGGCCAAGUGCUGGUGGCCCACACUCAUCAGGCUGCAGUUCAAGACCUACGAGAAGAUGGUCCAGUACUCCCAGGUCCCCGAGGACAUAGUGCAGACCCUUAUAGAGCAGUGCUACUUCUUUUUCUAUGGAGGCAACGAGGUCUGAUGACACUAACGCUCGUGCAGUCCUUCGUUUAUUUUUUUUACGAGGGGAAGGGGGCGGGGGGGUAACGAGUUCUGACGGAAGAUGUUGUUGACGCUGAUGAUCUUGAGGACAACAUGCAGACCCUGAUUUUUUUUUCUACCUGGAGAGGUAACAAGGUUUGCUUGACCUUGACCUUAAAGACAUCUCCUGCAUAUCCUAAUACAACAGUGCUUGCCCCCCUUUUUUUUGAACCUACAGGAGCGAGGUCGGAUGGCCGUGACUUUUUCCUUCAUCCUUGUUUCACCAAAGAGCGCCUGCCUCUCUCCUUUUUUUCCUUCUACUUCUAUGGAGGCAAUGAGUUCAGAGAGUCUGAGAGAGGCGCAAGUGAGUGAAGUGUGAGACGUCUAGCUUGACCCUCCUAGGCCUUGUCUAACCAGGCAGGAGAAUGGCCCCACGUGUGGUUUCUGUUCUGUAUUGGUGUUGAUAAGUUGUGAAUAGUUUGGACCUGCUUCUUCUUCUCCAUCUCCUCCACAUCCUCCUCCUUUUGUCAGACUUUUGCCUCUUCUUUUCCAGCUCCUUCUGCUCCUCCACCCCUAUCUCUUCUCUACCACCUCCUCCUCGUCUGACUAGUGCCUCUUUGUCUUCUCCAUCUCCUCCUCCUUCUCCUCCUCCUCCUCCUGGUCAAACUUGUGCUUAGCCAGUAAGAAUGUACCAAAUGUGUGGUUGAUUGUCCUGCCGACCCUACCCCAACCCACCUGGGGUACCCAAAGUUCCCCCCUGUCCUCCAGCUUGUCACUUCAACUGUCCCCAUAGAAAUGUAUUUGCAUAUUUUGUUGGAUAAUGUUUUCUGGAGUUCUGUAACCCUGUGCACCAACAUAAGAAUUUGCAUGAUUUUUAAGUACUGAGUUCUGGAGUCCUCUGUUCAGCUAAAUGUGUGGGUUGAGAGGCUAGUAUGUCACUGAGUUGAGUAUGUCUCAAUCCUUGUGCAAUGGAGCAUAAUGGUGUUGAGAAGUGGAUUCAAGAAAAGAAAUAUUUUGAGAAGUAGACAUAUUUGUUAAGGCAAAAAUGUACUGUCCACAGGUCCUGAUGUAUUAGAUUUUUUUCUCCAUAUACACCACUCACCAGAAGUUCUCAGGCACAGAUUUAAUGAUAACUCUACUUUUCAUGACAAUGUGUAGAAUAUAGGACAGCAACCAUCCGAUAUUUUGUUGCACAACUUUAAUGCUAGAAUGUUCCUCACCUCAUAGGGGAUGUGUUUGUUGUGUUAAGGGGAGGGGUGGAGGGGUUAUGUCCUGUAGAAAGGACAAGGUUUGUCUGAUAAAUUAUUGAGGGGAGUUCCAAGAACUGAUGUGGACAAAUUGAAAUUGGCUCUGUUGGGGGCGGUGUCCUGUUAGGUGAAGAUGUCGGGGCAAAAGUGAGAUACCGGAGGAACAUAAAUGAAGAGAAAGAGUGAGCACAGAAUGUGACCCCUGCUGGCUAUGUGGGUAUACUUGGUCACAUGGUUUGUCAUAUACUCUAUUUAUUGCAUUGUACACAUUUCUCAGUUUAAAAAAAUGCUGGAAAUGAGAAAUUUCCUUCAACAAGGCCCCUGUAACAUUUGAGGUCAUGUCUGAGGAUUUCUUUCUUUUUUUUUUUUUCUGGUGCUAAACAUGUAAAAAUAUCAAAAUAUUGUUUUUAUUGGUGUCAUAAAUAGAUUGUAUUUGAAGACUCAAGGUUGGAAACGGCAUCAGUGACAAAAAAGUGUAGAGGACUUCUGCUUUUCUGUCAUAUGUUCAUAUGAACUACCACAGUUCUUUGAUGUAAAACUUUGUAAUAUGUCGCUAAUACAUUACUGUAACGGUUUCUGAUAAAAAAAAAGAUGUUGCUGGUCAAAAUGGAGCAAGCCAAAUAAGAGAUGAAAACAGAUGAAAGCAAAUGUUUCGAUUUGUGACUUAAAUAUAUUCUUUAUUUGUAUAAAAACCAGUAUGAUAUGAGAUUGAACCUUGCCAACUUUUGGGGACAGAGGGGGUGGCAGCCGGUGGCUGAGGUCAGGAGAUGAAAACAAGCCAUGUCUGAGAGAUGAAAUAAUGUAACGUGUGUCUGGUGUGAAUGCGGUUAUUGUAGAUUGGUAGUUAUAUUAUGUUUUUCUGCGCUACUUACAGAGUUGGAGACUCAUGUCUCCCUCAGAAAAAUCAUUUGCAUCCAUCACAAGUUCAAGAACAAUGUACUUAUGUAAUGUUAAGCUACAAACAAAAGCAUAAUGGGUUUUUUUCUAUAGCGAAUGUUAAAAAUCUUGCAAAAACUGAAAUGUUGUUUUACGUUUACUAGAUCAACACGCUCUUUCUGCUUUAUUGAUAGAAUAUAUGCCUUUGAUGUUGUACAGAGAUAUUUUAAUCAGGGUUUAGUAGUGACUCUUGAGAUAUAUAGAAACUGUUCAAAUGAAGUAAAAUGUGUAGUUUACUCAGUAGAACUGUGAAUGAUUAUUAUUCGUAGAAACAAGGUCUCAAAUAGUAAAAUAGAAACCAGGAAUACAGCAAUAGCCUACACACUAUGUGCAGUACAUCUACUUGCAUUACUUGCAAUACCCUUGACAGGGUCCAAAAUAAUGCCAUUCGUUUCACCUACUGCCGCAUAUGAAAUUCUUUCAAAUGUUGAACCCCUGGGAAUUCGCAGAGAUAAAGCAGUUUUGGAGCUCUGUGAAAGAACCAAAAGAAUGUGCCCCAACCACCCAAACUGGAAAUUAGUAGAAACACGGAAACCAAAGAAACAACUUCAACAAAAUUCAAUCAUGCAUCACAUCUCAGAACUAAUGGAGAGUCACCGCCUACCACAAAACAGAAGAGAAACCAAAGGAGUCAACCAAAACAUUCCUCCCCACAGUACUUUGGAAAAACCAAUCGUAACAUCUCUCAAAGACAAUAGCACAAAAUCUUCUGGCCAUGUGACGCUGAUACUUGCAUCAAAUCAAACAAUCGGCAGCUUUUCAGAUAACUGGAUACAUGUCUAUACCGACAGCUCAGCAUUCAAAGGCACAACCAAAGCGGGAUGUAGAAUACUAAUACGGUACCCAGGUGGAAGUUCCAAUGAGAUCUCUGCUGCCUUUGGAGAAAAAUGCAACAGCUAUGCUGCUGAAAUGAUGGCAAUUGAAACAGCACUAUACCAUCUUCGCACAGUUUUUGACAUUCGUCCAAACAAAACGCAGAGUACAGUGAUUUUCACUGACUCACUAUCAGUCUUGCAAGCGAUAGAAAAUGACCAUCAUCUAAACCAAGACUUGACACAUAUAUACUGUUUAGUUCCCAUCAUCUGAUAACAUCCUGUGGCGUCAACUUGGGGAUGCAGUGGAUUCCCGGACACUCAAACAUACCUGGAAAGGACAGAGCAGACACACUCGCCAUAAGGGGUUCUAGACCGGAACAGCCCAAUACUCCAACCUCAUACAACACUGCAAAACAAAUAAUUAAAAUCAACAGCGAACAAGAUUGGAUGAACAGAUGGGCCUUGGGAAAGACAGGCAGAGCAGUUUUCAACUAAACAAAAUGACAAUAUCAACCACCUGCAGAGAAAGAAACAGACCACAAUCUUCCGCCUACGAACAGCACAUAUACAACUCAACUUUCACUUGAACAGAAUAAGACCAGAACUUCCCCCAAUGUGUCCUUUGUGUGACUAUGCAUAUGAGACUGGAUCGUCACCUUUUCCACUGUACAGCCCUAAAUGGCAUCGGAGCUACACUUCCCACCCGAAGACCUAACAUUGACAACACUCUACGGAACAUUACAGCAACUGCAGCAAACCUGCACUUACUACUACAUGGCAUUGGAUAGAAGAGCGAGAGCCCAGCUGUUGCUGGAUCAAUAACAACUACUCAGUAGAACUGUGAGUGAUUAUUAUUUUUGUAGAAACAAGGUCACAAAUGGUAACGUAGAAACCAGGUUACAUAUGGUCAAACCGAAACCAGGUUAUCAAAAGUUAGACUAGUGCCAUCCCUAGGGAUGGGGCAGGGGUAUGUGUCUAGUUUUGAGUGAGUGAGAUGAGAGGGAGGGAUUCUAUAGUGUGGUCCCUCUGUUGUUAUUUCUGUCUUGCUUGUUUCAUAACACUUAGUGAGGGUCAUGGUGUUGACCUGAUUUUCUUAGCCCCAACAUAUCCUUUAUUUUUUUUAUAUUUUGUUGGUCUGUCGUCUUUCCCUCACCCCACCUAUCCACACACAGACACAGUCUCCCCCUUUUCCCUUUUCCACACAAGAGGACAGCCAUUAUGUGUAUGAUAAUCCUUCUAUGGAGCUACACGAGCACUAUUUGUAAAAAAUCUCUCUCUUUCUCUCUCUCUCUCUUUCUCUCUCUCCCUCCUUCCCUCCCUCCCUCCGUCCGUCCCUCCCUUUCUCUCUCUCUCUCUCUCCCGCCUUUAGAUUUAUUCCAAAUUUAAUGGACAAUCAGAUAGAACAAUAAUCUUGGUCACAAAUACAUGAGGCUAUGUGAGCUGGUUCAGAUAUCCUCCUCGGUCUACUUGUCUCCCUUUGCAGUAUUAUAUUCAGGCACCCCCUACUCAGUAGAAAACAACUGCUUUUGUUGCCUGUACUUUCAUGUUUUCCUAGUUUUUCAAAUUCAAUUGGCUUUGCAUCAGUUGCUAUGGUUGUAGCAGUUUCAAAGUUGGUUUGUAUCUUAUGUGAAUGGAUUUACGUGAAUGGGGGUUGCCUGCCAUGUUGCAUUGUUUGAAUUGUCUGUGGGAUGGAAAUUAAGCAUGUUUUUGAUAUUUACCUGAUGUAACGGCGGAAAGGGUUUUGUAGUUGUUAUGGAAGGUAUUUUUUCUAAACCUUUUUUGUCCUUUUUGAUGAAUGAGUGCCAAACUUCUAUUGCCAUAAUUUGUGGGUACAGCGUAGCAUAUUCUUUUUAUCAACAAGGGUUUGUGGUGUAACGGUUAGACUCUUUCCUGUCGCACGCAAAGGAUGUGAGUUUAUCUUGUGGGGAAAUUAUUUGUGAGGCAGCGUGGCGAAAUCAGGCGCUCGUCAAAAUAAUGAAAGUAAUAAAACUGUCAUUUUCCUGCUGGUUUUAGAAUUUUUAUUGAAUUUUUCUUUUUGGCUCAACACUUUACAAUAAAGAACACAUUUCUUUGAUUUUACUGAAAAAUGUUGAUUAAAAGCAUAAAAGAUAUACAUUUUCAGUUUCCACGGACUCUAAAACUAAGGAAAUAACGCAACUUUGACGGCCAUUUUCUUGCUUAUUUUACCUCUGAAACUAGGCGACCCCCGCCUCCUUCAUUCGCCAAUGCUUGACUAGUACAAAAGAUAAAGCAAGGCAAAUGAACAGGCUUUAAAAUGACGCCAAUAAUUCCAUAUGCCCCAAAUUGAUGAGCGCCUGAUUCCACCGCGUCGUGACACAUUUUAUUGAGUGUGUCCGGUGGGAUGUUGUAUUCCACUCAACCGGUAUUGGCCCUGAUCAGCAGAGUCAAAGCAGCGUGCCUCCUAAAUUCUCAAGUUGGUAUUGAUGGGGGUGGGAAAAAUUUAGGUCUACAAUCAUUUACAAUCGUAUGUUAGUCAUGUGUUGUCCAUUUGUUCCUCUUACUUGUAAAUGGAACAUGAACUAACACCAAGUCGGGAUAUGCAGGGAUAAGUCCUGGCUAGUCCCAAGACAUUUUAUUAUUUUUUUCCUUGCACUGCCAAGUUCCUCCGUUCUUCUCCUCUUUGCUGUAAGCAUUUGUCAAUAGAUGUAUGAGAAAGUUGAUGAGACUGUUUGUGUGUUUUUCUGAAUCUGAGGGCUCGUCUUGUUAUCAAUUUGAUAAAGACAAAGCCGAAUUUUGCGAUGUGUACAAAAAAACUUGUUUUACGUUUUGUUGUUAUAACAUCACCAAUACCCCGAUGAUGACUGUUUCUCUUACUCUGAGUUUUGAGCUAUUUGUGCUAUAUACCUCCACCUAACUGUUAUGACCUAUGUGCUCAAAGGACAUUGAAAGUAAAGUUAGAAAUCUCUUUGCCAUUACUGCCAUGCUGUGAAAAUUUGUGUUUUGUAAUUGGGGAUGUGAUGGGUUGGGUUUUUUUUAUCCCUCCUGGUGUGGAUUGAGUCGAACUGACAUUUUUAAAAUUUGCUUUCAGGUCAUACAUUGUCCUCUCUCUCUCUCCCUCUCCCUCCCUCCCUCCCUCCCUUUAACCCUCCCUCACUAUCUCUCCUACCAUCACCCAUUCUUUUUUCAUUCAGUCUCAAUAAAUGAAUGUGUGUGAUUUCAGGGUGUCAGUAUGCUGGAAAAUAUGUGUCCCAGUUUGGGGGGAAUGUGUUCAUUUCAUCUGGUGCACUUGACAUUUUCUACUUUUGUUUAUGUUUGGGAAAAAGCAUGGUGCGUCUUGUGCUCUCGUAUUGUUUUGCUUUUAGUUUUCUUGUAAGUGAAAUCUGCCAAAUCUGGCUGUGUCUCUGUCACUUCAGCAGUACAAGUCAAUGUUAUCCAGGCCAGAACAGGGAAUGUAAUUGAAUCAAUGAGAUUUGAUGAAUGUGAUGGGAUGAACUUGAUUGGAUGAAAUGUGAAUGAAUGUGAUUUGAAAAUGUGACAGACAGGAUGGACAUGACUGGAUGAACAAAAUGACAUGUGUGUUUAUGGAUGGAUCAUACCUGUUCUUGGUAGCUGAAUGAAGCACUGUGGAAAGUUUUCACAUAAAAGAAAGUUAAGCGUUUGUUUUGCUGUUCUUCUAGCAGAGUUGUAGCCCCUCUCACAGUGCACCAAGUCCGUAGAGUCUGUCAGAUUCACAUGAGUUUUCCUGGGAUGCUGGGUGUUUUCUCAUGGUGGGUGGUCGGGUUGGUGCUCUUGGGUGGUUUGCUCCUUCCUUCUAUAAAACGUCUAUCGUUCUUAUCCCUCCCCCUAUUUUGUGUUGGUUACUCUUGUGUAACCCCUAUAUUUUGUCACUUAUAUGACUUAAUUAUAUUGCAAGUACCAUAAAACUCUUAAAAAAG